GGAGGUCUCUGGCCGCCGCAGACCUCAGCAUGUGGGCCCUGCGGGGCUGCCGUUCCUGGUCCCGCUGGGGGCAGGGGGCAGCCCUGCUGUUGCUGCUGCUUGGGGUGCCCCCUCGAGGCCUGGCCCUGCCGCCCCUCCGAUACUCUCACGCCGGCAUCUGUCCCAACGACAUGAAUCCCAACCUCUGGGUGGAUGCCCAGAGCACCUGCAAGCGGGAGUGUGAGACGGACCAGGAGUGUGAGACCUAUGAGAAGUGCUGCCCCAACGUGUGUGGGACCAAGAGCUGCGUGGCGGCCCGCUACAUGGAUGUGAAGGGGAAGAAGGGCCCUGUUGGCAUGCCCAAGGAGGCCACAUGCGACCAUUUCAUGUGUCUGCAGCAGGGCUCUGAAUGUGACAUCUGGGAUGGCCAGCCAGUAUGCAAAUGCAGAGAUCGCUGUGAGAAGGAGCCCAGUUUUACCUGCGCCUCCGAUGGCCUCACCUACUAUAACCGCUGCUACAUGGACGCUGAAGCCUGCUCCAAGGGCAUCACACUGGCUGUUGUCACCUGCCGCUAUCACUUCACCUGGCCCAACACCAGCCCCUCGCCACCGGAGACCACUGUGCAUCCCACCACGGCUCCCCCGGAGACCCCUGGGCUGGACGCCACGGCCCCAGCUCUGCUCAACCACCCUGCACACCAGUCAGUCACCGUGGGUGAGACAGUGAGCUUUCUUUGUGAUGUGGUGGGCCGGCCCCGGCCCGAGAUCACCUGGGAGAAGCAGCUGGAGGACCGGGAGAAUGUGGUUAUGAGACCCAACCAUGUACGCGGCAAUGUGGUGGUCACCAACAUUGCCCAGCUGGUCAUCUACAACGCCCAGCCCCAGGACGCUGGCAUCUACACCUGCACGGCCCGCAACGCUGCUGGCGUCCUGCGUGCUGACUUCCCACUGUCGGUGGUCAGUGGGGGUCAGGCUUCAGCCACCGCAGAGAGUAGCCCCAAUGGCACGGCCUUCCCCACAGCUGAGUGCCUGAAGCCGCCUGACAGUGAUGACUGUGGUGAGGAGCAGACCCGCUGGUACUUUGACGCCCAAGCCAACAACUGCCUGACCUUCACCUUCGGCCAUUGCCACCGCAACCGCAACCACUUUGAGACCUAUGAGGCCUGCAUGCUGGCCUGCAUGAGUGGGUCACUGGCCGUGUGCAGCCUGCCUGCCUUGCAGGGGCCCUGCAAGGCCUAUGAGCCCCGCUGGGCCUACAAUAGCCAGACGGGCCAGUGCCAGUCCUUUGUCUACGGUGGCUGUGAGGGCAACGGCAACAACUUUGAGAGCCGUGAGGACUGCGAGGAGUCCUGCCCCUUCCCUCGGGGGAACCAGCGCUGCCGGGCCUGCAAGCCAAGGCAGAAGCUUGUCACCAGCUUCUGUCGGAGUGACUUUGUUAUCUUGGGCCGAAUCUCCGAGCUGACCGAGGAGCCCGAUUCAGGCCGUGCCCUGGUGACUGUGGAUGAGGUUCUAAAGGAUGAGAAGAUGGGCCUCAAGUUCCUGGGCCGGGAGCCGCUGGAGGUCACUCUGCUCCACAUGGACUGGACCUGCCCUUGCCCCAAUGUGACAGUGGGCGAGAUGCCACUCAUCAUCAUGGGCGAGGUGGACGGCGGCAUGGCCAUGCUGCGGCCCGACAGCUUUGUGGGAGCCUCGAGCACCCGGCGGGCUCGGAAGCUGCGUGAGGUCAUGCACAAGAAAACCUGCGAUGUCCUCAAGGACUUCCCAGGCUUGCAGUGA